CAAGUUCUUUGCCUGAGUGACCUGGACUUGUUGUGCAUGUAUGUAUGUAUGUAUGUAUGUUUGUUUGUUUGUUUGUUUGCUUGUGCAUGCAUGCAUGCAUGCAUAAUUCUAGCUUUCCAGGCUGGUUAGGUUGAGGUAGGUCCGCAGACUUGCGCCCGUUUCCGCCGCAUCUUGCAGCUGCUUUCUGAGCCACUGCUGUUUCCAGCAGAUGUGCCAAACAAUUUUCAAACACCUUCAAGUGCUUGGACUUUUAAACCUUUCCGUUCAGUCACUCAUUUCCUCGGGGACUAUGGUGCUGGAUGAGCCCUGUGACACAGUGUGUGUGUGUGUGUGUUUGUGUGUGAGUACAGACUUCGGUGUGUGGUUUUCCGACCCACCAUUCAUCAAAAUGUUGUGGGCCUAUGAGGUCUCGGAAAAAGGCAGAGCUUGGAGUGUUCUUCCUGCUUGUGGGGUUGACCACGCGCUGAGGCUUUCUCCAGCGCUUCCAGCAGCCCCUUGGGCCCAAAGAAAUGGGUAGCACUUGAGUGCAGUGAUUGGACUGGACAUCGGAAUGGGUGGACUAAAAGAAGAGAACAGCAGAGGACGAAGAGUGUACCAAGGAAACAUAAAGGUGUCAAAAAAACCGCUGGCAGAAGAGUACAAGAAAAGAGAUACAAGUACUGUAGACAUUAAAAGCAAAGGACUGGCUGCCCAAUAAGACUGCAAUGGCAAUAGCCAAAGAACACCGAAAGACUGUGCAAAAAGGAUCAGACCGGACAUGGCACAGAGGGAGAGGGUGCAAUGUAGACUGUUGAUGAAUGAGAGCCCGCUAUGUGAAGAGGUGUUUCAAUCACAAGUUGGGAGGUUUAUUAUUCAACCAUCUACAUUCUGCUCCUAACGGUGUGGCUCUUGAUCGGCUCCAGCCCGAGGGAGCGAGAGGAGCUAGCGCCUCCUCGCGCGGAGGCGCGCAGGGAGCAACGAAGCUCGACAUGUCAGGGAGUAUUUUGUCCACAUCCGCCUUGGAGCAAACAUUGGGGACGAUGAGUUCCCUUGCUACUAUCCAUGGGUCAACCAUGAAGUGGGUGCGAGGUGAUAAUUUGGGUAGUGGCUCUCUGGGAGUAGUCGUCCAAGCGCUUGACCAAAGUAAUGGGCAGCUGUUUGCAGUCAAGGAGGUUAAAAUCGAUACCAACGAUGCAGCAGACUUAAAAUUCAAGGAGGCACUGGAGAACGAGAUCGAGAUUUGCUCCAAGCUGAAGCACCCCAGCAUAGUCACCUACCUUGGCCAUGACUACAUUGAUGAGCGCCUUUACAUUUACAUGGAGUACAUGGUGGGAGGCUCCAUGGCCACUGUACUGCAGCAGUUUGGAGCAUUUGAGGAAAGCCUGACUGCCAGAUACACCAAAGACCUUCUGAAUGGCUUGGUCUAUUUGCACACACAGGAGCCACCUGUGCUUCAUCGCGAUAUCAAAAGCGCAAAUGUGCUUAUGGGUUACAGUGCGAGUGGUGCAGAACUUUGCGCCAAGCUAGCGGACUUUGGCUGUUCCAAAAGGAUCGAGGAGACCCUUUGCCACACGCUCAAAGGCUCCAUUCCAUGGAUGGCCCCUGAGGUCGUAAGGAAUGAUGGCUACGGCAGGAUGGCGGACAUCUGGAGUUUCGGAUGUGUGGUGUUGGAAAUGCUGACUGCACGCAGCCCCUGGCCGAAGUUCGACAAUCCAAUGGCAGCGAUGUACAGGAUUGGAAUGUCGUCCGAGACACCACCUGUUCCGGACACUUUCUCAGAUGAUUGUCGCAACUUCAUCCAGAUAUGCCUGCGGCGCGAUCCCGAAGAGAGGGCUCCGGCAGUUCAGUUGUUGGCCUACCGUUUUGUGCAGCAAGUGGAAGAGUAUGAUGGUUAGGUUAGCAAUGGUAUGCAAUAGUUGCUAUGGGCAGUGGGGUUAGCCUCAUGAGCAUCCGUGGGCUCUCAGAAUCGUUGGCC